UCACCUCCAAAAGUGAUUCUCCAAGAAGAGGGGAAUAAAUACAUAUAAAUACCAAAGCUUCUUGUAAACUCUAGCACCAGUUUCUCCCUUUGCGCCUAUCUUAGAUUUGCAGGAAGUAGAAAUGGCGACGCCGGCGGUAGUGGGGGGUCCCGGCGGAGGAGGAGGAGCAGCAGUAGCACCAAGAGCAGGCGGACAGCAACAGCAACAGCAACAAGGAGGCUUCGCUCAGUCUCUUACUGGAAUCAUAAGGAUCGCAGUCUUUUGGUACUUCGCUUCUAAAUUCUUUGCUCCCAAAAAGCCCUCUGAUUCUGCUAUUCUAAUGUCCAAUCUCUUUCAGAAGGGUGAACCGCUGGAUAUGUGGGUGUAUCUUUCUGAGCAUGAAAGGUUUAAUGACUUUGGAGAUGAAGGUGCGCUUGUUUGGCAUGAGAAUGGUAUACCUUAUGCUGUUUGGGGGCAAGAAAGUAGCAGGUCUCUUUCAUUCAAGUACUAUCCAUCUGAGGCUUUGGAACAAAAUGGAACCUUGUAUGCACAUGUCUUCUUUGCACGGUCAGGAUACACUCCAGACCCCAAUGACCCAGAGUUUCAGCCUCUUGCUACAUUUGGAAGGGCACAUCCUAUCGUGAUGUAUUUUCCCAAGUCAAAAGCAGGUAAAAGGAGGAGUUUAUUGGGUAGUUCUGAAGGUUCUGAUACUGGUGAAACUCUGAAAGAGGUUAUUGAUGAUGACCAAGUUGUUCUGAAAGAUGACGGUCCUGUGGAGUGGGUUUCCUAUUGGAAACCAAAUGUUACUGUUAAUCUAGUCGAUGAUUUUACCCAAUAUGCUCAUAAUGGCGUCCCACCAAAUAUUGCUCCUUACUUGAAUGUUGAGCCCACUACAGGAAACUACUAUCCAACCAUUUUCUUCAAUGACUUUUGGCUACUUAGAGAUAAGUUGGUUCAAAUUAACAGGACAGUGGACGAGCUGGUACUUAAUCUGGAAGUUGCUCCCAUAAGCAUGAUCAAGUGGCAGUUAUUCCUCCAGAUCGAUCAGUCAUUCCAGAUUCACCAUAGCUAUGGAAGCAUGCUUGAAGGUGAGGCAGAUGAGUUGAAGAGGGUGUUCUUGGAAGGAAAUCUCUAUCUCCUGGCAGUUACUAUGGUUGUCUCAUUACUUCAUUCGGUUUUUUAUAUGCUCGCCUUCAAGAAUGAUAUACAAUUUUGGAACAAAAAUAAGUCUAUGGAAGGACUCUCUGCAAAGUCUGUCAUUUUCAGCUUUAUAUCUCAACUGAUUAUCUUCUUGUAUCUACUUGAUAAUGAUACUUCUUGGAUGAUACUUGCAAGUUCUGGCAUUGGUUGCUGUAUUGAGUUUUGGAAAAUAGGAAAAGCUAUGCAUAUUGAGAUUGAUGGGAGUGGAAGGAUAUCGAUGUUGAGAUUUGAUCCCAAGUCAUAUGCAGGAAAUAAGAAUUUUCCUUCAUUUGACUUUGAAGUUAUGCUUCGAAUCAAGAAGCCUAUAUUCCGUUCCCACAGAAAUGAUACCAUGUAUCAUGGGUUUUUAUCAACCUUGGUAAAAGAUUUUGAUAGGAGUGGAAGGAUACCUAUGUUGAGAUUCCGUGAUCGUGAGUCAUAUUCAGGAAAUAAGACCAAGAAGUACGAUGAUCUUGCAAUGAAGUAUUUGUCCUAUGUGCUUUUCUUUCUUGCUGCUUGCUCAUCUGUUUAUUUGUCCUAUGAACAAUAUAAGAGCUGGUAUUCUUGGAUUCUCUCUUCACUUACAAGCUUCAUUAUGAUGUGCCCUCAGUUGUUCAUAAACUACAAGCUCAAGUCUGUGGCCCAUCUCCCCUGGAGACAGAUUACAUACAAGUUCCUUAAUACCAUCAUUGACGAUCUAUUUGCUUUUGUCAUAAAAAUGCCAACCCUACACAGGCUUUCGGUGUUCCAAGAUGAUAUCAUAUUUCUUAUCUAUCUGUAUCAGAGAUGGAAAUACCCAGUCGACAAGAAACGUAUAAAUGAAUUCGGUUUCGGCGGUGAAGAAAAUGGAGGAGACGAAGCAACAAAUGCAAAUGCCAUUAAAGACGACGACAAGAAAACUAAUUAACUGUGAAUGCUUACAUGUAACAUUACAUUUUUUUAGAAUGUAGAAUCCAGUGAGGCAAGUGAAGAGGCAUUUUAGUAAGUAUUUUUCAAGGUUUUGUUUCUGAUUGCCCAGUUCUUAAUAAAGGAUUCAUGUCUUAAGCCCUUCUGCAUUCGUUAGUGAUAUCUUCUGUCUUCGAAAUAAAAUUAUGAAAUCUGCCUCUGAUAUUCACUUA